CGGUCUGCAGGAGGACAGUAUGGCGCUGCAAGUCGUCUGGUUCAUCACCGCCACCGUUUUUAGUUCCGUGCAUCUGACACCGCUCGUUUCACUCGAAGAGGAAUAUCAGUUCAAACAGUGGAUGUCACAGCACAACAAGGUUUAUGACACUCUGGAGUUUUACCACCGGCUCCACAUCUUCACGGAGAAUAAGAGGACAAUCGAUCAUCACAAUGCUGGGAAUCACUCCUUCACAAUGGGCCUGAAUCAGUUUUCAGACAUGAGGUUUGAAGAAUUCAGGAGAUCAUUUCUCCUGAUGGAGCCUCAGAACUGCUCGGCCACUGAAGGAGGUCAUGUCAGCAGCGCCGGUCCUUACCCUGAGUUUGUAGACUGGAGGAUGAAAGGCGACUACGUGACUCCAGUGAAGAACCAGGGUCACUGUGGCAGCUGCUGGACCUUCUCUACCACUGGCUGUUUGGAGUCGGUGACUGCCAUCGCUACCGGGAAGCUGAUACCUCUGUCUGAGCAGCAGCUGAUAGACUGCGCCAAAGACUUUAACAAUCAUGGAUGCUUCGGCGGGCUCCCCAGUCAGGCGUUCGAGUACAUCAAAUACAACAGCGGUCUGAUGACAGAGGAGGACUAUCCCUACAAAGGCAUUGACGACUCCUGCCAGUUUGAACCUGCGCUCGCGGCUGCUUUUGUCCACGAUGUCGUCAACAUAUCAAGUUAUGAUGAAAAAGCCAUGGUUGAUGCUGUGGCCAGGCUCAACCCAGUGUCCUUCGCCUUCGAAGUCGUGUCUGACUUUAUGCACUACAAGGAAGGAGUUUACAGCAGCACCAAGUGUAAGAACACAGCAGACAAGGUGAAUCACGCAGUCCUGGCUGUGGGUUACGGCACCGAAGAGAACGGCACGCCAUAUUGGAUUGUGAAGAACUCUUGGGGCCCGGCCUGGGGCGUUGACGGAUAUUUUUUGAUCGAGCGAGGACAAAACAUGUGCGGACUGGCUGCGUGCUCUUCCUACCCUCUACCUUUAGUCUGAGGAGCGACAUGGCGACAACGUGGACGACUGAUCAAACUCAGGAAAAGUGUCGUCCAUGAGAAGUUUGUGCUUUCCUGUUCCCCGAAGUUUUAUUAUUUUAAACAUCGAUUUCACAGUGUAAUAUCAUGAACACAGUCAUCACAUGUCAUAUGACGAUGUAGCUGAAAGUUUCCUCCACGUGAUCAAAACGUUAGACAGAAACCACAUUCUUGUCCAUUUAGCUGUGGAUGCAUCUCCAUGUGAUCAUGUGCAUACAAACAUGUCUGAAGGGAACAUUUCACUUGGAUUUUAAACGCUUUUCCAUUCAACAUUUUAAAGUGCGUGUGCCAAAGAAUGCGAGGCCAAGCAGUCAAGCUGUUAGUAUAUAUAGUAUGACAAAUGAUUUAAUUGUGUGCGUUUCCUGAGGAUUUCGUUUUUUAUUGUGUGGAUACACUUUUUCCAUUCAGUCCCAUUUCAUUAUGAUAUAUAACCUCUCCUCAGUGCAGCCGCAAGUGUUUGUUGUUUCAGUAAACCGAUUCACUGAAGCAAAGCAGACUCAUCAGAUGACAUAUUGGUUGCAUCUGAGAGGUAUUUUAGAAUGGAAAGUGUGGCGCUCGUUCAGUCGUUUUUCAUGGCUUUAUGAUUUUAACAAAACCUGGAAUAUAAAUAAUGGAAAUAGAUGUAUCACACAUCUGGAUAGUUUUCCAAGUGUAAUCACUGGGUUUAUUGUUUUGUAUACAGUGUGAGUUACAACUUGGAAUAAACAUGAAAUAUAACUGUUUUAUGCAUUUUUUUCCCCCCUUUUUUUUUUAAAGUUUUCAUUUAUAAUUUUGGUUUCUUUUGAUUUAUAAAAAUGGGUGUUUUGGAGCUUGUCAAUACAAUUACUCUUAUUAAUGGAUACAUUAAUAAAAUGCAGGCCUGUUUUUCUUGUAAAAAGUGUAACAGCAUCUGGAAACCGACAAUGUUAAUUAAAUCAUCUGAUAUGUUAAGUGUUGCGCUGAGCAUUAGUCCGAUGAGAUUGAGUUUUAGCGGAUCACCAAUGGGUCAUCAACUUCAUCUUUCACUGAGUGGCCUCUUUGUGGCUUCAUUCGAGACAAAAUCAAGUGUGGAAAAUGUUCUUGAUGACUGCAAAGACAAGCACAGAUCUCCUCCUCUGAUUUAACCAAACUUUGGAGUCGUGCACAAAAGCUCCACUCAGAAGUCAACUCAGAUGUCAGCUAGUCAUUUUCCAUUUUUGAAUAAACAUUUAAAUAAACAAUUUUACUACUACA